AUGUGUGAUGCAUGUCAACGAACCAGCAAUAUUUCCGCCAAAGAUGAGAUGCCUCAAAACCCCAUCCAAGUAGUAGAGGUUUUUGACGUUUGGGGCAUCGACUUCAUGGGACCUUUCCCGACCUCUAAAGGAAACCGUUAUAUACUCGUGGCGAUUGACUACGUGUCUAAAUGGGUUGAGGCCCAAGCUCUUCCCACAAAUGAAGCCCGAGUAGUGUUGAAAUUUCUCAAAAAGCUCUUUUCCCGCUUCGGUACUCCUAAAGCCUUAAUUAGUGACCGUGGCACUCACUUUUGCAAUGCAUUGAUGGAGAAGUUGCUUGCACGCUACGGUGUCACUCAUCAGAAAACAGUGGGUAAAAAUAGGAAAGAUUGGUCCGACAAGCUAGACGAUGCAUUGUGGGCAUUUAGAACCGCUUACAAGACACCUUUAGGAACUACACCUUUUAUGAUCGUCUAUGGAAAAGCUUGUCAUCUUCCCGUAGAAUUAGAGCAUAGAGCGCUUUGGGCAUUAAAAACCGUUAAUUUAGACAUGACUGAAGCCGCUAGGAAGCGUUUCUUUCAAAUUCAUGAGCUUGAGGAGCUUAUGAAUACAGCGUAUGCUCGAUCAUUGGGAAUAAAGGAGAAGACGAAGUUGUUGCAUGAUCGGAGGUUGAGGAAAGUGAAGGAGUUUAGCAAAGGCGAUAAAGUGCUUCUUUAUAACUCGAGAUUGAAGCUUUUUGCAGGUUUGAUGGAGUUUAAGGGCUUUUCGGGAGCAUUGCAAGUCACCGGGUCGAAAACCGGAGCACCAGGACGCGUUACGCAUCAACCGGGAGUGCAAGGAACAAAUUUGGGAGAAUGGGUAUUCUAG